AUUGUAAGUACCCAACUCCCUUUCCCACAUUGUAAACCCUCUUUUGUUGUUUCUCAGUUGCAUCAUCGCAUACCUCAUAUUCUUGUGCUUGUCGGCAUUUUGGCUGAACUUCUUAAGACGAUUUGAUUGGAACCCUCGUAGAUAUCAGGCCUCGAUUGUGAAAUCAUUAUAAUAUACGACUUGUAUAGUGACUUUUCCCCAGUUGAGACAAUUGGCAUGCAUAGGUUUAUGGAUUUUAGCGCAUAUAAUCCAUGGUGAUAAAUCCAAAACAUCAAUCUCAUUCAUUGUUGCAGUGUAUUACUCAAUAGGGGUAAUAUUUUAUAAUGUGCAAAGUGAUGAUUUGAUAGAUAAUAAGGAGCUUGAGGGUUGAGGGAAACAUUUUUACUUUGUUCAUGCUUAAUUUCUGAACCUGCACUAGAAUAGUGAGCGCAGAUUGUGAGUUAAUUUCCUUUUCGAGAUGGCAAAUACUAUGUCUUCUUUUGGGGAGUUCAACUUUGGUGGAGUUCAGGAUAAACUUGGCUCCACUGUUGAGAUUAUGGAAGUGGAGAGCAUUGGGGGGAAACAAGUUUAUGAAGCAGAAAAUUGGGGUGGAUUUGGUUCCCUUUGUUCUGAUUAUGGAAUUUAUGGAAAUGGCUUCUCGGAUUUUACCAAAUACCAACAACAAGAUCAGCAGCUGCAGCAGCAGCCACAAUUGAUUUCCGACUAUGGGGUCUUCGAUGACAUGCAGUUUCAGUUUGGUGCUCUCUCCCCACCACUUCAAGCAUGCUUGGAGGAGAUAGCUAAGCUUGAGAGUAUCCCAACUUUAGUUCCACAUGUUGAACCACCCAAGAAAGAAUUAAAGAGAGACUUUUUUUCUGUAGCAGGGCUUGAUCUCUUAAACAACUAUGGCAGCGGGUUUAAACGCUUGAAUGGGGAAAGAAUUGUCGAGCCUAACCCUUAUCCAGCGUACACAGAGGUGAAGAGUAGCAAGUUAUCAACAGAAGAAAUCAUGAGGGUGGCAGGAGCAAGGUUCAUUCGUACUGCUUCCCAAGUGUCGCCAUCUGAUAUACCCUCCAUGCUUAGCCAUCCUUUUGAACUCUCCUUUGCUGGCCUCUCCAAUGAGGAGAGUAGAGAUGUGGAACUUGUGGAAUUCCUUCUUGCUUCAGCUGAGAAAGUAGGAUAUCAACAAUAUGAGCGUGCAAGCAAGUUGCUUGACCUCUGUGAGAGGUUGUGUUCUGAUAGAGGAAAUCCGGUUGAACGAGUGGUUUUCUACUUUUGUGAAGCUCUUCAAGACAAGAUUGAUCGAGAAACUGGAAGAACCAUACAAAAAAAGCAGUCAUUUGAUAUUGAUAAGGCAAUGAUGAACACAAAUGAAACCUCCCUUGCAUGUCACAACAAGAUCCCUUUCUGCCAAAUUGCACAAUUUGCUGGAAUUCAAGCCGUAGUGGAAAAGGUGGUUGAGGCUAAGAAGGUUCAUGUAAUUGAUCUGGAAAUCAGGAGUGGAGUGCAAUGGACAGUUCUGAUGCAAGCCUUAGCAUCCCGUGAUUUCCCGCUUGAACUUCUCAAGAUAAGUGCUGUCGGAACUUCUAAAGAAACGAUUCAGAAUACAGGUAAGUGGUUGGAGAGUUUUGCCAAAACCAUGAACUUACCAUUUUCUUUCAAAAUGGUGCUGGUACCAGAUAUGCUAGAUCUCAAAGAAGACAUGUUUGAGCUAGAUUCUGAGGAAACGGUUGCAGUCUACACUCAGUUCGUACUGAGGUCCAUGGUCCCACAGCCAGAUCGCCUGGAUUCUUUAAUGAAAGUGAUAAAGAACAUCCAUCCAUCUGUAACAGUGGUCACCGAAGUUGAGGCGAAUCACAACUCACCUGUAUUUGUGACCAGAUUCAUUGAAGCCCUUUUCUUCUAUAGUGCAUUCUUUGACUGCGCGGAAACUUGUAUUGAACAAAAUGAUCCAAUAAGAAAGAGUUUGGAGUCGAACUACUUUGGAAAUGGAAUUAAAAAUAUUGUGGCAACUGAAGGAGAGGAGAGGAAGAUACGUAAUGUGAAGAUUGAUGUUUGGAGGGCAUUUUUUGCUCGCUAUGGAAUGGAGGAGAUGGAGUUAAGCUCAUCAUCCUUAUAUCAAGCUGAGCUGGUGGCUAAGAACUUUCCCUGUGGGAAUUCUUGCACCAUCACUAUGGAUGGGAAAACCCUGAUUGCCGGAUGGAAAGGAACACCUCUCCAAUCUCUUUCUCUUUGGAAAUUUGUUUGAUAAUAAUAAAACGGCAUCAUUUCUUUCUUGGUAGAGCUUCAAGCUUUAGCUUCUGUUUUGUAA